ACAUUUUAUUUCAUCAAUGAAACCAGUAAUAAUUAAACGAUUGAAUUGAUGUCGGUCAGCAUUAUCCUAUUAUAUCGAUCAAAGUUCGAUAUUAUAAUCAGAAAAAAAUGGCCGAACUAUUAUUAAAUUUGAUGACCGGACCGUCCUCAGGUCAACCUCCGGGUACCGUUGGUGGUGGACCAUCAUCGUCCUAUCAUCAUCACCAUCAUCAUCAUCAUCAUAAUGUUUCUCCGAUUCAUCAGCAAUCUCAAUAUCCUGACAAUCCAUCACCGCCACUAUCACAGCGCCGAAAUAUACCGCAAUCAUCGUUGAUUUCGGGCAAAAGUUCUUCAUCAAUGUUUGCGACUACUGGACCGAUAAUAACGGGAUCGGUUGGCAUUAUGCCUGAUAUAAGCCAUCUAAGCGAUGUUGAACGUCCAAUAAUCGAAUCGGUCAUUAUGCGUCAAAAAAAAGAAGAAGAAGAAGAGGCUCAAUUACUAAGACGAAAACAAGAUGAAGUUCUUUUGUUGGAACAAUCGAUUCUACGAAAACGAAAUGAAGAACAAUUUAGCCGUCAGGAUAGCGGUGAUCUUGAUGCAACCUGUCAGAUUUGUUUGAAAACUAAAUUUGCCGAUGGUGUCGGACAUAGUUGUCAAUACUGUAACACAAGAUGUUGUGCACGUUGUGGUGGAAAAGUUACUUUACGAUCUAACAAGAACAUUUGGGUGUGUAUCCUGUGUCGAAAGAAACAAGAACUACUGAUAAAAACUGGUCAAUGGAUACAUUCAUCAAUGGCCACAAGGUUACGGCAAUUAGAACAACAGACAUCAUCAGAAAUUCAAACAAUGACUGAACCGACAUCUACACCUUUGUUUGAGCGUUUACUUCAUUUAGGAAAUACUAACAAUAGUGGUGGUGAAUCUCGGCCAAAUCCAAUAACUGGAUUUCUUCGUCGAAAUUCGCUUGGAAUGUUUAUACCCUCAUCAUUUUCAUCCUCACAAUCCACCCAUCGACAACAUUCGCAAGAUACGACUAAAACAAAUCUCAAUAUUGCCAGCAAAUCUACAACCGUCCAACAGCCAACCCGUCAUCAACCGUUUUUGAGAAGACAAUUGUCACAUGAUCCAAAUAUUUUUUCCGAUUCCAGCGCAGCUCAACAACAACAGUCACAAAGUUUGAUGAUUACACAACCAACAAGUAGUGGAAAUCGAGGAUUACCACAAAUGCCUAGGCGAAGACAUUUACUUCCACGACAGCCAUCAUUACCAUUAUCACAUCAACUGCCGGUUGCAGCUACUGCUUCAAUUUCUGAAGAGUUUCCGCUAAAACAACAUUUGCAACAGAAAGUUCCAUUGGAGACAGUAAUAUCGGAGCAAUCUGCCAUGCAACAAACACAUGUGUUAGGACAGGAAAGAAGAAAAUUAGCAACACAACGACAAAAAAGUCGUGAACUGCCUUCAUUGGAUGAUGUGGUUCAUUUUCAUCAACAAUCUUCAUUACAGCAACAACAAAAACCACAAGCUUCGUCCCAAUUACAAUUACAGUCAUCAUCAUCAGCAACAACAUCACCCAAAAAAUCACUACCACAAUUACCACGUCGAACAACGUCUAUGUCAUUAGUACCAUCAGCACUACCGAUCACAUCGACAUUGACAUCUACAUCGGCAAAUAUUACAUCAACAGUGCCUUCAAAUGUUUCACAAGUUGUAACUGCUUCUGCUGACAAACCACAGCCAUUAUCAUCAUCAUCGACAACCAUCGCUGGAACUGGCCAUACAGGAACAAUACCUAAAUUGCAGCAUAGUGCUGCCAUCAUUAGUGGAGGGAGUAGUUCUGAUAUACCACACUUAACGGGUUAUUCUCGAUCGUAUUCGGGUGGUGAUUCAAUCAUACCAGUAACAUCAUCAUCAACAUCAGUAUCACGUGCAAAUUUACCGAGAUCUCUUUUGCAACAAGGCCAGCAACAAAAACUUUUUUUGUCGGCCGGUUCACUCGUGCGAAUGGAUUCUGCAGGUUCUGAUCCAGGAGACGUACGGCGGCCAACUCCUCCUCCAUCAAUCGGUGCUGUAAGCGGUGGUGGUCGACAAUUACCUAACACGUCCAAUUUAUGCAAUGCACAACGUCCACGAUUACGCGAUCAUCUAAAAAUGAAUCCAGUAUAUCAUCGUUCAUUUGGAUCUAGUUCUGAAGAUAUAACCGAUACGGGUGCUGGCUGUAGUGGUGUUCGUAGUCUAACACCUGAAUUAUCCACUGAAGAUGAUUUUGAUCUAUUGGACAGCCUAGAAAGUAGUGGCAUCAGCGGGGGAUUAUCAGAGCAGAAAACAUUACCACAACCACGACGUGGUCGUGCUUUACCACGAUCAUCGGUAAGUUCGCUGAAAGCAGCGGAUGAAAUUCUGGAUUCGAAAACGAAAGCUUUCCUAGCGCAUCCAAUAACAUGGGAAAAAUCUGUCGAUGGUACACAAAUGAUCGGCAAAAUGAUAUUGAAGAAAAACUUGUUACCUGAUUCGGGACUAAGUUCCAGUGCCAUGCUUGGUAUGAAAGUUGUUGGUGGUCGUAUCGUUGAAUCUGGAAGAUUGGGUGCCAUUAUUGAAAAAGUGAAAAAAGGAUCUAUUGCUGAUACAAUCGGCAGGCUAAGGCCACGAGACGAAGUACUUGAAUGGAAUGGAAUUUCAUUGCAAGGAAAAACUUAUGAUGAAGUUCAUGAUAUUAUUGCUGAUUCAAAACAUCACUCGGAAAUUGAAUUGGUCGUUGCAAGACCGUUGAUGGAUACAACGACCACUGUAUCGACAACAACUUCAACCGCAACAGUUCAGGGUGCUGGCACUGGAUUUAGAAAAUUGCCUCGUCAUCCACUCGUACAGAUGGCAGCAGCUACUUCACGCGAUGAAAUGCUUAUGAUACAGCAACAGAAUAAUCGUAUUGGACGCCGUCAUACUGAUGUUAUAUCGGCACGUGCACAACCACGUUCAUUGGAUAUUGUAGUGGACAAGAAUAGCUUCUUUACUCGAGGCAGUAGUUUAGGUGCCGAAUUUUCAGCUCGUCAUAUGCGUACAACGCCAUACGUCAAAGUUACUCGUACCCCUACAAUUACCGGACGUAUACAAGUCAAACUUUAUUACGAUGGACAAACAUUGGAAUUAUUUGUAACAAUAAUGAAUGCAAUCGAUUUGUCACCAAGAAAGACGGGCCUCUUGCGAAACCCUUAUUGUACCAUGUAUUUAUUGCCUGAUCAAACAACAAAAACAUUACGAAAAACAGCUACAGUGAUCAACACGUUGGAACCGAUGUGGAAUGAAACAUUUCAAUACUCACCACUUAGCAGCAAUGAUAUACGAACAAGAGCCUUAGAGUUGACAAUCUGUGAUUAUGAUCAUUUUUUAUCAAAUGAAUUUUUGGGCGCUACAAUCAUCGAACUGAAUAGUUCACAAUUAGAUGAUGAACCCGAAUGGUAUUGUCUUUCUACGCGUGAAGAUCUACAGCAACAGCUACGUCUACAAUGGAUGAAACAAUAUUAUAAAUUGAUUGGAUCAUCUGGAACAGCAGCUGAAACUAGUACUGGAACAACAAGCGGUGUUGUAGCAACCUCUACGGCCGGUAGUGGUUUAUCACCACCAACACAUUCUGCACAUACAUCCAUUUCAGCAAGACUUUCCGAUUCGGAUAUUGCAUCCGAACUUUCAAUGGAUGAUUUCGAUUCGAAAGCCGAUUCAUGGCGUUGCUUGUUGGCGGAUACGAGUCAAACAAGCGGUGGAUCUUUAGGCAGUGGUGGAAGUGGUAGUAGUCCACCAUUAGUAGUAGCUACGGAUUUAUCGACAAGCGGUGGUUGCUAUCAACGUGGCGGUUCAGCAUCCACAUCCAAUAUUGUUGCCGCUACUGCCGAUUCUGUUGGUUCACCAUAUCAUCAUCAAUCACAUCGUCUUCAUCAUCAACAACAUCGUCCAGGCAGUAGUACAGGGAUUGUUUCUCAUUCUGGCCCAACAACUGCCACUAGUAUACAUCAUCCUCAUCAUCCGCGUGGCCAUCAUCAUCACCAACAUCAAAUUGGAACAUCAUUGGCGGCCCCAACAACAAAUCAGUCUGUUCUGGGAUCUCGUGGAUCCCGGUAUCGACAACUUCCAUCAUUGUCAACUAAUGCUACUUCAUCUAAUUAUCCAAAUGUUAAUGUGAGUAAUAGCAAUAUUGACACUUCCGACAUAGGAAUCGAUUCGAUUGGUUCGACUACCAUGAUGCCACCCUCAGAUCACCAUCUUCCUAAUUAUCAUCAUCAUUUAAUGCGAUCCGAAUUUCGUAAAAGUUCAUCACAACCAUCAAACGCAUCCAUGCAGAUGACUGCUCAACAACAGCGUUCAUUAUCACCGCCAACAGUGAUUGGAGCACAAAUCAAUUAUGCGCCAACAUCAUCCAUAUCAAUGGCAACAACAGGGUCAAGUCAAACAAAUAACAAACGUCAAUUGCCAUUUGUUCCAUCGAUGCCUACAAUCAGCACACAUUUGGCAAUGGGUAGCCAAUUUGGUGGUUCAGCAAGAUCAUUGAUAACUUCUGUUCAACAACAACACCAACAACAACCGUAUAACUACGGACCGCAACUGCAGCAACAGCAAAAAUCUGAUUUGAUGAGCUUCGAACAACAUUCAUUAAGUGGCAUGUUUUCUGAUUCCGAAUUGACCAUUCGACCUGUUUUCGGUAAUCGACCUCUAUACGCACAUCCUAUUCAAUCAAAUCUACCUACAAGUCGUCUUUUUAGCCGUCAUCUAACCAAUCUAUUGGAACAACAACAUCAACAAGCUACAUCAAUGGAUGAUAUUGGUUAUUAUAAAAGAAAAGAACAACCACAACCUCAACUGGAUCGUCGAAUUUCAUCGUCAUCGUUGACACAUCAUCAAAGACAAUAUGGUUCACAAUACCCACAAGAAGUUCAAUCAGAAUCUGAUUUAUCAAGUUCAGCAGGUGGAGGAAGUCACUUGAUAUAUCGAGAUGUACAGCAAAAAUCUCGAGGUGGCUAUCGCGGAGGUCAUCAUCGUUCAUCAUUGAUAGCAUCACCAUCAAUCGAUUAUCGUGAACUAAAAGAUUAUGGCGGUCAUGGAGGUAGUUACCAAGGUGAUGAAGCUGAUGGCGAGGAAGAAGAAACUGAAUUUGAUGAUGAUGUCGAUGGUACAUAUCGAAAUAAUCGCCAUCAUCAUCGAUAUCAUCAUCGUAAAGAUUCGGGACAAUCUGCUGGUGGUGGUUUGACUGGACAAAUGAGUAGUCGUGAAAGCGGUGUUAUCGGUUCGAUGGGUGCAAUUGCAACCACAAGUAGUAGUAGUGGUGGACCAAAUGUUGGUUCGACUGGUUCAGCUAUAAGCAAUGUUCCAGGUGGACAUCAUCGAUCAUCUAUACAUCGACGAAAUAGUCGUCGAAAACGCGAACAACAGCAACAACAGCAUCGUGAUUCAGAUGAUGAAGAAACGGAAAGUAGUUCAACGGCAGCUGGUGGUAAUAAUCGAUCAUCACAGAAUAAUCAUCAUAGAACACAUCAUCAUCAUCAUCAAUAUACAAAACAACAACAACAACAACAACAACAACAGCAACAACAACGAGAUUCAUUUGAUCUGAUGUCUCAACAAUUACCACCAAUAUCACAACAAAAACCAGGUGCCUUAAUAUCUCAGCCAACGGCAAGGCCGAAAGGAAGUCGAACAUUAAGUGAAUUUACUGGUCAUCGUGGUCAACAACAUUCAGCACCGGUACAUCCACCUCAUCCAUCACGUAGUUCAUUAGCUGUAGCACGUUCAUUAAGUGAACGUUCAAAAGAAGAUAAAUGUUUUGAAUCGAGCUUUUCCGAUGUGCCAACCGGUGGUCAGGCAAAAUCAAUGGCCGAUCAAAUCGAUGAAGUGAUGGAACAGCUAAAUGCUAAUUGUGAUUUUAGUAUGGAUGAUCUAUUUGGUGCAACAAAUUCAGCAUCAACAUCGACACUAAAUGCCCCACAAAUUGGUCCGGAUGGUAAACCAAUAAAAAGUAAAAAACAGCCACAAUCAGGAUUGACAAAGAAAAGUCAAAGUGCAUCACAGCUUAGUGUUACCGGUGUAAAUCGUAAAACGGGAAAAAUCCUCAAGAAAAGCUAUUCGCAAGCGAUGGAUGAUGAUCCAAUGAUGGCCAUGAUGAUUAUGGAUUCUGAUGAAGAUGGUAAUUUAUCGGAUCGCUCGAAAGGUUCAACAACAGCUGGAACACCAACUACUGGAACAGCUCAUACAACUGGGGCAACCAGUAAACAAUCACGGACAUCAAAAUUAUCAUCGAAAUUGGUGAAAAGUAAAAUGAUCCCAUUUUCACGUCAUAAUAAACAAUCAAUUUCAAGUGGCUAUUAUUAUGGCGGAAUACAACGCUCGGAAGAGAUACUUCCAGAAUCAUUUAUUUCUGGAACUCAAGGCACUAUUCGUGCUGGAAAGGAAAAUCUUCCCUCAACGAUGGAUUUUAAUAUUCAAUCUAGUUUUGGAGGUGGAGGUAUUAGUAGUGAUGUCCUAAUGGAUUCACCAAUAUCAUUAAGCGCGUCAUCAUCUAUCGCCGGUAGUAUGCGUUAUGAAAGUAGCGGAAGUGGUUGUGGCGAUGGUAUUGGUGGUGUUUUUGUCGGUGGUAGUGAUGGUGCUCGUAAACAAACAGUAGUAGCACAAGCAGUCAUAUCGACAACGACCACUACAUCCACAUCAAAAACGAUAACGGAUAGUGAUUCAGAGAUAUGGAUGCCACAACAAAGUCGUCCUUCCCAAUCAUCUGGUACAGUUGGUGGUGGUGGUGGUGAAGGUGAAUUCUCUAAUUUUGUUGAAGGUCUUGGACCAGGACAGAUUGUUGGUCGACAAGCAUUGGCUGCAUCGAAUCUUGGCGAUAUACAAUUAAGUUUACAUGAUCGCAAAGGAAAUCUUGAAGUGGAAGUUAUUCGUGCUCGUGGCCUUCAAUCAAAACAAAGUGCCAAAAUGAUACCAGCCCCAUUCGUCAAAGUCUAUCUAUUCCGGAAUGGAAAAUGCAUUUCAAAAGCUAAAACACAGAUGGCUCGCCGUACUUUAGAUCCAUUAUUUCAGCAACAACUUUUAUUUACAGACAAUUAUAAAGGAUGUAUUCUACAUGUUGUCGUCAACGGUUUAUAUGGUCGUAUGGAUAAAAAAUCUUUUAUGGGUGUUGUACAGAUUGUUUUGGAUGAUUUGGAUCUUUCUAACAUUGUGAUUGGAUGGUAUAAAUUAUUUAGUGAAUCAUCUGCGAUCAGUUUACCAACACAAUCAUCUACAAAAAGUGGUGGAAGUGGUGGUGGUAGCGGUGGUAUCGGAAACACGGGAGGAACUGGCGGUGGAUCUCUUUCUGGUGGUGCUUCUUUAAUGUCCGCAUCAAUGGAUAGUUUUAGCUGAUAAUAAACAUAGCCAAGAGAAUUUAAUUGUAUUCCGAUUAUUUAUUGCCAAAAAACCGUUUUUAUUAAAUUGUCUCUUAUUUUGUUCUAUAAACAGUUAUUUACAAGCAACAUCAGCCAUAUUAAUAAAUAAAGACAAAGAUGAUAAAGACAUUUA